UGGUUCAAGAGGAACAGAGUCUGUUUAUAGGGCCACUCCUUUUUCACUCCUUCAUUCAUCUCCUCUCUUUCACCACCAUGGCUUUCGCUGGAAAAUAUGAGCUGGAGAGUCAAGACAACUACGAGGAGUUCCUGGAAACUAUUGGGCUUCUCCAUGCCAAGACAGACCACAAAGUGGUCACGGAGGUGGUUCAGGAUGGGAACGACUUCACCUGGACACAAACCAUUCCCAACUGGAGCUGGUCCAAUAAGUUCACCGCUGGUCAGCAGUGUGAGCUGGCAACAAUGAAGGGCCCCACAUUCACAGCUGUUGUCACUAUGGAAGGAGGCAAGAUUUCAAUUCCGUUUCCUCAGUACCACUUCACAGCAGAGAUCAUUGAGGAUAAGCUAAUAAUGAAUUGCAUAACUCCAGGAGAGAAGGGUGUGACUUUCAAAAGAAUUAACAAAAGGAUCUAAUGCUGCCAGACUCAACAUGCUUUAUUGGAGAAGAGGCUGCACGCUGGAGGAAAAACAAGUCAUGAAAGUGCUCCCAACAAUUACUGAGGCAAGAGGAAUAAAGUAACCAUCUGUAGUGAAGAGCAAACGGAUGUCUUGGCUUCACAGCGCUGUAUUCUGUUGUUUUACCUUCAGAUCUGACCUAAUCGAUUUGUUAAAACUAUGUACAGUAAUAAAAUAAUGUACCUGUACCACUAAAUAUUGUUUCGCCAACCAACCCUGGGGUUUUCUCUCAUUUGUAUCACACCAUUGAUGUUGUGUUAAUGCUCUCUGACAUUCUGGGUCCAAAAACAUUUCUUUCUGUGUAACUUGUACACACGUCCACC